UGAUGCUCGCGAGGGGGAAUCUCUGCUUACUGUGUCUUUAAAGUCGUGCAAAGGGGAGCCUGUACUAAAGAAAGGAGGGGGCUGCUGUGCGCCAGUUGGAGGUGUCUGCCUGUCGCAGCCGCUCGAGGUUGACAUUAAGAAGAGCGCGUGCAUGCUUCAGAGAGGAGAUCCAGCCACAAAAUUGAAGGCAGUGAUACUGAGAUUGAACUGGUCCCAGGCAAGAUAGUCGUCACAGCGAGGAUCCAUGGAUGGACUCAGAGAUACUGCAAUCGGAAUUAACUUGUCAGCCGGUGGUGCGAGGAAUCAGUGGAUAUAAUGGGGAAUACGACACCGAAGCCUUUAAUAGAUGCCACUCUGCAACAACGCCCGGUGGCCAGCAGGCAAUACUACACCCUGCCUAAUAACGGGGCAGGCGUCGAGAGAAGAACGUCUGCUCCUCCGGUCAAUGUCAGUGUGGAAUCACCUCGCUUUCAUCCUCACGCCAAAGGCAAGAACAUCAGGCUGGACGGGCAGCUUCGCCGGGCAACACGCAAGAACAGCUUCUGCAACGGCAUCACGUUCAGCCACAGGCCCGUCCACCUCUAUGAGAAGGUGCGUCUUCGCCUAACUGGUGUACACACUGGCUGGAGUGGAGCGCUACGUUUUGGUUUCACUAGUUUGGACCCCAGUGAACUCCUCGCUACAGACAUCCCAAAGUACGCUUGCCCAGACCUGGUGACCCGGCCAGGCUACUGGGCCAAAGCUCUGCCCGAGAGGCUGGCCCUGAAGGACAAUGUGCUGUCUUUCUGGGCUGAUCGGCAUGGAAGAGUCUUUUACAGCAUCAACGAAGGAGAGCCCAUCCUCUUCCAUUGUGGGCUCAGCAUUGGCUGUCCCCUGUGGGCCAUCAUUGACAUCUACGGCAUCACGCAGGAGGUCACACUGCUCGAGAGCACUUUUGCAGAGAGCGUGGGCUCCAGCUGCCUGAGCGCAGCCCGUCUGAGUGCCUAUCUACCCCAGAGUAGCCAUGACUCGGCCAAUUACAGCAAUAACCAGCUGGAGAAUAACCAGGCCGCCGCUGCCAAGAUGGCCAACCUCCAGCUCAGUAACUACACUCAGAUCAUCCCCUGCUGCUCCUCUAAUUCUUCUUCCUCCUCUACUCCGUCCUCAUCUGCUUCCACUGGAUUCAGCGUGCCAAGGGUGGUCCGGGGUCUACCCUCCCCGCUGGACAAUGACUUGCACUUUCACCUGGUCAGAGGCUCUGAUGUUAUCCUCUCUGCAGACCGCUCGGCCGCCUGUAUCCACUUCCUGGACAGCAGUCGGACUCUAGUGUUCAGCGACCGGCCGCUGCAUGUGGGAGAGACUUUGUAUGUGGAAGUUGGCCACCUGGGCCUGCCGUACUUUGGGGCUCUAUUGUUUGGGUUAACUUCCUGUGACCCAGCUAGUCUACAUGCAGGGGACUUGCCAGCAGACCCUGAGGUGCUCCUGGACCGUAAAGAGUACUGGGUGGUGCACCGGGGCUUCCCCAUGCCUUGCUCUGGAGACGUGCUCAGCUUUAGCCUGCUACCCAGUGGAGAAGUGCACCACGGGGUUAACGGAGUUGGACGAGGCAGGCUGCUGUGCGUGGACUCCUCUCAGGUCCUGUGGGCUUUUUUCACGCUUCAUGGAGCCGUCAACAGACUCAGGAUACUCGGAACACUGCAGUCCAGUCCUCCCUCCACGUCCCCCAGCACUUCUCAGAGCAGCAGUCCAGAUGACAGUGACUCAGACCUAGCGUUCAGCGUCAACAGAUCCUCCUCGGCCUCUGAAUCCUCUCUGGUGACAGCUCCCAGCUCCCCUCUCAGUCCUCCUGUCUCUCCCAUUCUCACCGCCUCAGAGCUGCCCCCUGCUGGCAAAAACGGAGAAUGCACCAUUUGCUUCGACCAGGAGGUGGACACAGUCAUCUACACCUGCGGACACAUGUGCCUGUGCAACGACUGCGGGCUGAAGCUGAAGAGACAGAUCAACGCCUGCUGUCCGAUCUGCAGGAGACCCAUCAAAGAUGUGAUCAAAACAUAUCGGCCGUGAUGGUGCUCACACGUUUAAUAGAAAGGUGCUGAGACUUUACGCCUGUAAAGCCACCUGUGUCCUCCUCUCAGGCUCCAUUGGAAAUCCAUCUUGGAAAUUAGCCAUCCCAGGACUUAACUGUGCCUAUAUUUCCAUUUUAUAUGUGGGUUCAUAGUUUUUGGAGAGACUCUCGAAUCACGGGACUAUGAUGAAGCUCAUGGCAACACAAAGACUGCGCACAUGAGCACCUUUAUUUUAGCUAAAAAAAAAAGAGAGAAAUCAUGCACUCCUGUUUUAUAUUUUCCAUGUGACACAUGUGAUGUUACAUGUGUGAACUGAGCAGAAAAAUCUGCUGCAAACAAUGUGUCCGUCCACUUAUGUCCUAGAUUUCUAUGUGCUUCAGCAGACUGUAGUCUAUGAAUUCUAGUGCCUUAGAUUUUUGUGUGUCCAAGUAAUAAUGCUAAUAAUCCUAGCCAUAUUUUCAAUCAUUGUACAUUACUGAAAGCUGGUGGGAAUAGGAGCACAAAGAUGGAAACGUGAAGUAACAAGAGAAAAGUUGUGACUGUUUGGUAGGUGUGUUAAAUGGCGUGAUUUAAGAAAAGUACGUUUGGAAAGUGGAGCAUUUGGUUUUGCAUCGUAAGCAAUCAAUAAAGGUGGAAUAAGUGUGAUUGAAAUGUGUGUAUUUGUAUUGAUAAGGAAACAUCCUCUUGAAGAAACAUUUCUUUUCAUCGCUUUUCCUCACAGAUUGCGCCUAAAUUUUUUGGUCAAGACCAUUUAGACUGAUAAUCUUCCUUUUCUUUUAAAAGGAUUUAGAUGAUAAAGCUGAUAUUCGUUUUGCAAGCAAUAAAGAGAGUCACAGCAAGGUUUUGGGAGCAUUAUCAAGAAUUGAUUCACCAGUUCUGCCCCUAUGUUAUAAAAUACAGACAGCAUAUUUUUCAAUAUUUUACUACGCCUGCUGCUUUUGUGUGUUGCCUCUUCUGUCUGUCUGCAGGUUUCUGGGGGGCCGUACUCAUUUACACCUGGAUGGGCCUGGCCAGUCUCUCAGAUGUAUAAGGUCCAUCAGUCAAUCUGCACACUCUCUCUGCUAAGCUCUGCUUGGCUGAGCUUUGCACCUUUACUCUCAGCCAUUCGACAUCUAGGCACACCUUCUGGCGACAUGUUUUCAUUUAGUUUGUACUGGUUGUUCCGUUUACAGUGCAAUUUUAUUUCUAAAUAUUUGUUUACUGUUUUUUGUGAUAAAACUUUUCAACUUUUAGUUAAUUGUACAUCCCCCUUCCUUUUUGUUAUGCCUUUAAAGUGAGGUCAUGGCAAUACUAAGCCUAGUCCCAUUUAUCCCCCAUUUAUUUUUUUAACUGGUUCUGUAUGAAAUGACCGAAAUUACAUCUAAAUAAUAAGAUAAUCAUUAAAAUAAUCAUGCAGAUGAUUCACAAUCAGUACCACUCAGGCUCAGUCCUUAUACAUCCUUCCCCCAGCCACUCAGCCCUACUCCUUGAGUUCAGCAUUAAUUUUGUCAACUAAAACUGUGACUAAAAUGUUCAUUGUCUACCAUUUUUUCCAAACAGGAAGUUGAAUCUAAGACUAGCUUAAAACAGAUCUUUAGAAAUAAAAACUAACAAAAAGACUAAAUUGUUAGUGCUGGACUGUUGUAGAUUCAGAAUCGAAGCUAUUUCUACACU